AUGGCUGCAGGCGGGCAAGGUCAGCGGAUUGACCUAGCGAGUCUACCGCCCCAACAACUCUCGCAAGUGAAGAAGCAGCUCGACGAUGAAGUCCAACACCUGACCACUUCCUACCAAAACCUGCGAACAGCGCAACAGAAGUUCCGCGACUGUGUGGUCAGCAUCAAGAAUGGCGUGGCAAACAGCGUGAAAGAGAAACCGUUGCUGGUCCCUCUAACUUCAUCCCUCUACGUACCUGGGACACUCGCCGACGAGAAGAAUGUACUAGUCGAUGUGGGAACGGGCUUCUAUGUCGAGAAGACGACAGGCGACGCCGAACGAUUCUACAAUGGGAAGAUUGAGGAGCUGGGCAAGAACAUCAAGGAUUUGGAGAAUAUUGUGAACAGCAAGGCGAAUAACCUGCGGUUGGUGGAAGAGGCGCUGAGGCAGAAAAUGAUUCAGCAGCAGCAGUCUGGCCAGGCGAGCGCGGGAGCAGCAUAA